GUAUGAAUUUCAGUAGUUGUGAUGAAACAGGCAUAACAAGUGUAAUGAUGGGUUGGCAAGUGUUACUUUUAUUGAUUGGGUUGUGUACACUUCGAUCAGGAUUAGCACAGAGCGAUUUGCAAAUUAUCAUCGAUAGCAUCGAUUUACAAGCUGAUGAGGAAUAUUUUCAGAAUUGUAAAAUAGAUGCUUGCGAUAACGACGAAAUGCUACCCAGAAUUAAAUUUAAAUGCGAUAUUUUGAAAGAAAUACCUAUGGAAACAAUUUUAAAGUGUGAUCUAUAUGGAAUGGUUAAUGGUGAGCCUACUGAACCAACUGGUAUUGAAAUUGAAAUGACUACGUGCCAAAUGACAAACGAUACCAGCUUUAUUGGUCCAGUUUUGCAAAUGUUGAAGAUACCCAUGGAAUGUCCUAUAAAACCGAUAUUUUUAGAUGUCGAUUGUUUCACUAUGCCUACGGAUAACUUUCCUGAUUUUUUUCCAUCCGGAGACUAUAAGUUUUUUUUUAAUUUGAAUAUUAACGACGUUAAUUUGCUUUCAGUCGAUAUGUAUUUGUCUUUCUAUUAACAUAAUUUCUUAACGAUUUUCGAAAAAAUUUAUGUAAUAAUUUGUUUCUAUUUUUCUUAUAUUUAUGUAGCUUGAAUAUAGAAUAAUAUAAAA